AAAAUGUGGAUAUAAAAAAAGAAACUUCCUUAAUAUAAAUAAAUAAAUAAAUAUAUAUAUAUAUAUAUAUAUAUAUAUAUAUAUUCUUCAUUCUCUUCCUCUUCUCAACCGUCUUCUCCGUGUUCAACUCGCGUGUGCAUUGCAGUCAGACCAAGCGAGAAAGGGAAGAGAAAGAAAGCACAGAGAGAGAGAGAGAGAGAGAAAGCGGAGCCCAAACACCCAUUUUCACCAUUGUAAUUCUCGUUCCAUUUCAGAGAACCCCUUUAAUUUUAAUUUUCUGGGAACUGGGCAAUUUGGGAUCAUCAUUUGGGUUCUCUCGAUCUCCUCCUUUCUGGGUUUCGGUUCUUCUCUCAGAUCCUCUUCGUUUCUUCUGUGCUUUUGAAUCGGAUUUUUGAAGCCCCGGUUGUGUUUGUCUCUCGAUUCUGCCUGGUGGUUGUGUUUUUCUAAGGAAAAUUCGGUUUUUCGUAGUGGCAGUGUGGAAAAAGGAUUGAUUCCUAUCUGGGUUCUGAUGCGAUUGUUGGUGUGUUUUUGGAGGGCAAUGAUGUUGACCUUAAUAGUGUCGUUAUGAAGUAAUAUGGAAGUGGUCGUUACACGGUUACAACAGCAUCAACAACAUAACAAAAACAACAACAACAACAUCACAAACAAGAAGAACAUGUCGCUUUACAUUCGUCGCGAGGCUUCCAAGCUUUGGAAGAGAAUUUGUGCAGAGACAACUACAGAGAUUAACCUCCUUGGGGAGAAUUGGAAGUACCUUCUCGCUGGUCUUAUUUUUCAGUAUAUACAUGGUUUGGCUGCUCGAGGAGUUCAUUAUUUACAUAGGCCUGGCCCUACUCUACAGGAUCUUGGAUUCUUACUUCUUCCGGAGCUUGGGCAAGACAAAGCUUACAUUAGUGAAACACUGUUUACCUUUAUCUUUUUAUCCUUUGUCCUUUGGACAUUUCAUCCUUUCGUAUUCAAGAGCAAAAAGAUCUACACGGCUCUAAUAUGGUGCAGGGUUCUAGCAUUCUUAGUUGCUUCCCAGGCUCUUCGCAUAGUGACAUUUUAUGCUACUCAGCUUCCUGGUCCAAACUACCAUUGCCGUGAGGGAUCUAAACUUGCUACACUGCCUCGUCCGGAAAGUUUCCUAGAAGUCCUCUUGAUUAAUUUUCCCCACGGCAUGAUAUAUGGAUGUGGUGAUCUGAUAUUUUCGUCGCACAUGAUCUUUACUUUAGUCUUUGUUCUUACAUAUCAUAGAUAUGGCACAAAAAGGUGUAUAAAGCAGCUAGGGUGGUUGCUUGCUGUAUGUCAGUCUCUCUUGAUAAUAGCAUCUCGGAAACAUUAUACAGUUGAUGUAGUUGUUGCCUGGUAUACUGUUAAUUUGGUGGUGUUUUUUGUUGAGAAGAAAUUGCCAGAAUUGCCAGACCGGACAAGUGCAGCUGCAACCUUGCUGCUACCAUUGAGCACCAAGGACAAAGAUGGCAGGACCAAAGAAGAGAACCACAAGUUAUUGAAUGGGAAUUCUGGUGACCCUGCUGAUUGGAGGCAGAGAACUCAAGCAAAUGGUAAGGUUGUGGAAGAUGGUCAUGCACUCCUUGCUGACACUGCAAAGAAUGGUGCAUAGAUUUAUGAGCUUCUGCUGCACCAAGUGGAUCUGCUGCAACAUUGCCAUAGGGAAGUUACAACCAGCAAUUAGAAGAUUUUGUUACUAGGAAAUAUUGGUAGCAUUGAUUUGUAUUAAUUAAUCAUAUUGUAAAUCGGUUGUGCUUUUUAACAUAUUGCAGCCCUGAUCCAUUGCCAUUGUUGUUAAACGAUUUUUAGCAUCAGCAUGUGCUAUAGAAAUUUUCCAAUUCAUAUUUUCCUCCUUGUGUACCAUGUGCGUAGUCUUCCCAUUAUUAUUAUUAUUAUUUUGUGCACCAUGGUUUUUACAUGGUGAGAAAUCAUUAUCAGUGAAGAAUGUAAUGAACUAAUUAAUGUGUAAAGAAUGGUUAAUUCGAGUUCCCGAACUUAUAAAACUGACCCUGCUGAUACAAGGGUUAAUG